AUGUCUACUUUUGAAAAGACCAUUGUUAUUGACGGUAAAGGUCAUCUCCUCGGUCGUCUUGCCAGUAUUAUUUCUAAGCAAGCACUCAAUGGCCAAAAGGUUGUUGUUGUCCGUUGUGAAGCUUUGAACGUUUCUGGUGAAUUCUUCCGUAACAAGUUGAAGUACCAUGCUUAUCUCAACAAGCGUUGUCUUGUCAACCCCACGCGUGGUCCUUUCCAUUUCCGUGCUCCUUCUCGUAUCUUGUAUAAGGCCAUUCGUGGUAUGGUUCCUCACAAGACUGCUCGUGGAGCUGCUGCUUUGGAUCGCAUUAAGCUUUUCGAAGGUGUCCCCGCUCCUUAUGACCGUACCAAGCGUAUGGUGAUCCCUGCUGCUCUUCGUGUGCUCCGUCUUAAGCCUGGUCGUAAGUAUACUACCAUUGGCCGUGUCUCCCACGAAGUCGGAUGGAAGUAUCAAGAUGUUGUUGCCAAGCUUGAAGAAAAGCGUAAGGCCAAAUCUGCUGCUUAUUAUCAACGCAAGACUGCUCUUGCUGCCAUUCAAAAGAAGGCUGUUGAUUCUAAGGCUGAUUCCAUCAAGGAAAUUAACUCUGCCAUUGCCGCUCUUGGUUAUUAAAAGCACAAACAAGAAAACAAACAAAAAAAAAGAGAAGACAGCAUGUACAUAAAAAAGUGAUUUAAAAAAAAAAUGUGUGUUUAGGUAUAUAUUAACAGGGCCUAAUCUUUUGUUUCACUUUGUUGAGCUGCGAAUCGACUUCACCCAACAUUUCUUCUAAUUGAUCUUUUCUUCUCCGAGACAAUGCUAUUUUCUUUGAGAUAUCAGCAGACUAUAUUUAAGGGGUUAAUUCGACACACGCUUAUUUGUUUGUAAUACGUGAAAAUACGCUAAAAUAAAGCUUAUAACGCGUACCUUUCUUUUCGCCAUGGACGUAU